CCAGGAUUUGCGAUGUUUUGGCUUAAUUGUAAUUAAAGGAAAUGCUUUGUUGAACUUAAAAGCAUAUUAAAGCACAUAAAAGCAUAUUAAAAAAAUCACUGAAAAGUGAUAAUUUUAAAAUUACAGGAAAGUGCCACUCGGAGGUUAAGCAAAAUUAAAUUAAAACUUGUAGCUACUUUAGUUUUUUCAAUUUAUAAAUCUAGUUUAAAUUAAACUAAAAAGAAAUAUAUCUUUUUUGUAAACAAACACAUUUAACGGCUAAACAGCUGGCUCCGGUUGGAUGAUACUGCGCAGGACGAGUGUAAUAUCCACCACCGUCUCGGAGGUAGGUGUAGAAAAGUGUUACACUUUUUUUCCUACAGCAUUUCAAAGAAACGAGUUGUACGCGUUCUACGACAGAAGUUGAGUGUAUCGUGAAAAAAAGUGUAAACACUAGAAAAACAAAGAAACAAGAAAGUGUAACACUUUUACACUUUUCUUACACUUUUCAAGAACUAGUGUUACACUUAAAACAAAGGAACAGACCUAGUGUAAACAUGUAAAUUUCAAUUCACUCCAUGACUCAUGACCAAAUCAUAUGACAAAUCACAUGAUAAAUCAUGUAAUGUAAAGUCGACUUUAGGGAAUUGUUGUAGUGAUUUCACUUUUUGUGUGUGAAAUUAUUAAUGAAAUACAUAAAAUCAAAUGGAGGUAAAACAAGAGAUUAGUGAUGAAUCCUGUAAAGUAGAAAUAGAGUAUAAUGACCCGGAUAAGGCUCUUCUGGAUGGCUUUAAAUGUGAAAUCAAGAAAGAAUCCAAUAGGCAGAGUACACCUGGCAACUAUGAUUAUUUAGACUUAAAAUCUGAAAUAGAAAAACAUGGGAAUAAACUUAACCCAUUUGAAGGAAACCAACAAAAUGAAACAGGUUUUCUCCAAGACACCAAGAUGGAAGUUACGGAAGUGUUAACAAAACAUUCAUCUCUCGAAGCAAAUUAUCCAAACGCUCAUGCUGAAGGAAAAACAUCAACUAAAUACAUAAUAAAAAGAAGACCCUAUAAAUGUAAAAUUUGUUUAAAGCGAUUUAUUCAAGAGAGUGAUUUGAAAAUACAUUUGAGAGUGCACACUGGAGAAAAACCUCACAAGUGUGAAAUUUGUUUUAAACAGUUUACUUCAGCAUAUUCUUUGAAAUACCAUUUGAGAGUGCACACUCGGGAAAAUCUCCACGAGUGUGAAAUUUGUCUUAAGCAAUUUAUUCAUGCGAGUGAUUUAAAAAGACAUAUGAGAGUGCACACUGGAGAAAAACCUCACAAGUGUAAAAUUUGCUUUAAGCAAUUUAGUGAUUUAAGUACUUUCAAAAAACAUUUGAGAGUGCAUACUGGAGAAAAACCUCACAAGUGUGAAAUUUGUUUUAAGCAAUUUAUUCAAGCAGGUCAUUUAAAAAGACAUUUGAGAGUGCACACUGGAGAAAAACCCCACAAGUGUGAAAUUUGUUUUAAACAGUUUAUUUCACCAAAUUCUUUGAAAUACCAUUUGAGAGUGCACAGUGGGGAAAAACCCCAUAAGUGUGAAAUUUGUUUUAAGCGAUUUAUUCAAGCGAUUGAUUUAAAAACACAUUUGAGAGUGCACACUCGAGAAAAACCUCACAAGUGUGAAAUUUGUUUUAAGCAGUUUAGUCUAGCAGGUAAUUUAAAACAACAUUUGAUAGUGCACACUGGAGAAAAACCUCACGAGUGUGAAAUUUGUUUUAAGCAAUUUAUUCAAGCACAUCAUUUAAAAACACAUUUGAGAGUACACACUGGAGAAAAACCUCACAAGUGUGAAAUUUGUUUUAAGCAAUUUAGUGUUUUAAGUUCUUUAAAAAAUCAUUUGAGAGUGCACACUGGAGAAAAACCUCACAAGUGUGAAAUUUGUUUUAAGCAAUUUAGUCAAGCAGGCACAUUAAAAGAACAUUUGAAAGUGCACACUAGAAAAACCUCAUAAGUGUGAAAUUUGUUUUAAGCAGUAUAGUCAAGCAGGUAAUUUAAAAAAAAACAUUUGAUAGUGUACACUGGAGACAAACCGUCUUCUUCUUUAAGUGCCAUCUCCGUGACGAAGGUUGACAAUCAUCUUGGUUAUUCUGACCUUCGAGGGAGCGGCUCUAAACAGUUGCCUUGAGCUGGAACCAAACAAUCCUCUUAGGUUCUUCAACCAGGAAACGCGCCUCCUUCCUACGCUUCUCCCACCCUCCAUUUUUCUUUGAAUAAUUAUGAGUCUCAAGAUGUAUCUUUCGCCUCUCAUCACAUGUCCGAGAUAUUGCAAUUUCAUUUCUUUUGUUGUGUGAAGAGAAGUAUCCAUAUUUCACAAAUGUGGUCUCGAGGUAACAAAGUACAAAAAACUCGAAGAAGUACCACACAGUUUUUUUUUUAUUAAAAAGAUCAAUAAAAUUGGACUCGUUUCGGCUCAAAAGAGCCAUCAUCAGCAUAUCGGUACAGGAGCACAAACAUCAAAAACUGACCAGAACAGGAAGGAGGAAGAAUCAACUAGUUUAAAAGACAAACAUUACUAUUUUAACAUUACUUUAACUUACACAAUUACUUUUUUGUUUACAAUGCAAUGUAAAAAUCGCUUAACAGCAAAACCAAUAGAAUGUUUGUGCAGUAAUGUUUGUCUUUUAAACUAGUUGAUUCUUCCUCCUUCCCCUGAUCAGUUCUUUAUGUUUGUGUUACUGCACUUAUAUGCGGAUGAUGGUUCUUCCCACAUAACAAUGAUGUUCGCAUCAUGUUCUAAGCAUAUCCUACCAACAUUCGUCGAAGUAUAUCCUUUUUAGUAUAUGCGUAGUACAAGCAUAGCAUGUACCAUAAAAAACAUUCUAAAUUUCAUGUUCUUUGCAUGUGCCUCAAAGAAUAUUCUUGCACCGAAUAUACUGAGCACAUUCGGGUACGUAGUAUCUCGGAAUGUUCGUAAAAGUUUAUUCUUAGAAUAUACCUUAAUCGAAUAUUCUUAGUAUAUGCAAAAGUAUAUGCUUAACACAUACUUGUAUAUACUUUUAAAAUAUCUUAAAAAGAAUAUACUGUAUGUACCUAUAGGAAGAAGAAUAAUGUUAGCCUAUAGAUUAUCAACUUCGCGUUAAGAAUAAUUAAUCAAAUUUAUGUAUUUUGGUAGGUACUAGUGAACUAUCUAAUUCAUUUUUUUAAACCGUUUUAAUUGUAUGGUAAAAAGUUUAAAACUUAAUUCUAUUGAAGAAAAAUGAGAAAUUCUCGUUUCGUUUUCAGUUGAAAUGAAUAUACCAUUUUGAUUUGAGUUUAUACCAUAAGUAUUUUUACCUAUAAUUUUCGGGAAUCCGGAAACGGCCAUUCAUUGUCAUUCUGACCCUUGCAUUGCAUUUUAUACCUGCACAAGGGAAGGGGGUAGGUAACAAAAGAGCAAAAUAUGAAAAUAGUUUCCAGUACAGUGUACAGUUAUGCAUUUAUGUCUACGCUGUUAGGUAGGACCAAGUAUUUCUAGCUACAAGGACUAAAACAUUUUUAAGAACAUAAAAAGCAGUUUGAAAAUAAUAAAUUCAUAUUGGUACUUCAAUAUUUCCUAAAUACCUAGUAAGUAAAAGUAUGUAUAAUGUAUAUAGAUACCUAUAAAUUUUAGUAAUUUACAUACAUAUUAUAUAUAUUUGGCCAUUAUAUAAUUAUAUAAGCAGCAUUUUUAUUUUGAUGUGCACAUAUAACUAAAUAUAUUACUUAUAUUUUAUAUAUAGACUACUUACCCAUAUAAUACUUAUUAUACAUAGGUACCUAUAUAACUAACUAAAGUUUAUAUAUUUUAUACUUACUUUUUACGUAAUAUUGUAGAAUGUAAUAACUACAUUCUCAUAUGCAAUUGGAAUAUGUAAAUAUAAUAUAUUAGUAGAACCAAAGAAUACUAACACACCCAGUGGGUAGUAUUCUUUGGUAGAACCUAUAGGAUGAGAUUGGGUGAUGUUGAAAACAUACUUCUGAGAAAUACAGCACAUCCUUGGAAUAUUCUUCCCAUAUACUAAAAAUAUGUGCGAUAGUACAUUCUAAGUAUAUAUAUAGAAGGUAUAUAGCACUUCCUUGGAAUAUUCUUCCCAUAUACUAAAAAUAUGUGCGAUAGUACAUUCUAAGUAUAUAACUAGAAGGUAUAUAGCACUUCCUUGGAAUAUUCUUCCCAUAUACUAAAAAUAUGUGCGAUAGUACAUUCUAAGUAUAUAAAUAGAAGGUUUAUAGCACCUCCUUAGAAUCUUCUAAAAAGUAUGUUCUUGAUAUAUACUGAAAAGAAGUGCGGUAGUACAUUCUAAGUAUAUACAUAGAACGUUUAAGUACUGUAAUGUAGUAUAUACUUUUUCUGAAAAGUAUGUUCUAUGAAUCUACUAAGAACAUGAAAUUGUUAUGUGGGUUGUUAAACCGAAACGCGUUCAAUUUUAUUGAUCUUUAAAAAAAAAGAAUGUGUGUGUACUUCGUACGCACGUAAGAAGUUAUUCUUCUAUUAUAUAAUUUCAACGAAGUAAAUAUACUUAACAGGUUAUUUGUAUUUCAUUUAAAUAUUAAACUAACUUUCUUAUCUACCACUUUCAAAACAUUUUUGUUAAAACAACCAAAAAUUAAAAAAAAAUAUGAAUCGUCCAGGAUUGGAACCCGCGACCUUCCGUUCUCUGACCCACCGCUCUACCAACUACGCCAGCGAACCACGUGAAUUGACACGUAAGUUUCGGAUAUAAUUACACAACACGCUGACAAAUAGACAUAUAAAAAUGUUAUACCUAGGUAUAUAAUAUUUUAUUAUCUUACUACAGAGAAAGACAAAUCCAAAAAUUAUAAUAAAUAAUAUAUUUACUAAAAACACUAAUAUAUUCUGUUAAUGACUUAUUUGCGCUGAUACAUAAUAUACAUACAUAAUACCUGUCUUGAAAGAUUAGCAACUAAACGCCAUACUGUCUGUGUGCGCAUGCGCGCAGAUUUAUGAAAUUUUACUCUCAACUGCGCCAAAAGAAGAAUAACUUCAAAAACCUUUGUGGUACUUCUUCGAGUUUUUUGUAGUUUGUUCUUUUAUCGUGUUUUUCAUUUUCCUCUCUCUGCCUAUUCUCCUUAACACUUCUAUAUUCGUGACUAUAUCUACUCAUGAAAUUUUUAUAACUCUUCUAAAUAUCCACAUUUCAAACGCGUUAAGGGAGGGGUAUGGUUUGAAAUAUUUAAUUUUUAUUAUUAUUUCAAAUAAAAGUGCAUACUUUCAAGAAUACUCUCUGAAAAUUUCAGAUUGAUCGGAAUAAAUUUAACAGAGAUGCAGCGUGUUGAAUAUUCCUACCUUCGACUAGCUUUGCCGCGGCUUUGCGCUGGCACGCUUGGGCGUAGUGAGAAACGUUAAACAACUGUUCGCCUUCUCUUUUGUAGAUUACUCCGCGAUUCAAAAAACAUAUUCCAAUGUGCAUCACUUUACGAUUUGGCAGACAAAUAAGAAGAUGAAGAUGCAAUUGUCAAAACUGCUUUUUCAAAUGCGGUGGACAUUGUAACUGAAAAAACUACUUGACCGAUCUACCUGCAAUUUUGCAUAGAUUUUCUUUAGACAUUUCGUGAGGUAACACCGUCGAGAUAGUUUUUGUUUUGUGCUUAUUUUUUUGUUCAACAGUAAUAAAGCUGUUGAUUUUCACAAAAGUUUUACCAAAAAUUUCGUAUUUUUGACUUCUGAGUGAUACCAAAAAUUCAAAAAUCAUUAAAAAUAAAAAACUCGACGUUGUUACCUUGUGAAACUCAUAAGCUAAUUAAAUCUUUUUUAAUUUUUUGUUCGUAUGAUCCAGUGAUGAGUUCUGAUGUCCACCGUAAAAUCCAUUGUUUUAGCGGCCCGUCAAAAUUUGUCACCAAUGGCAUAUUUUUCAAUAUUUUUAAUUGAACUUUUUUUAAAUAUUCUUUGAAUUGUAUUUAAUAUGUAUUUAAUUUAAUAAAAUAAUUCUACCAUAACUUCGAAAAAAAUUCACAAAAAUGUGCUUAAUAUGUUGAUUUCAAACCAUACCCCCCUCUACUCCCACUUAAGUCGAUUUAUUGCAUUUCGGUUUAAUAAAAUCUUUUUCAAUAUCACAAAGUUGGCACCUGAUUUUUCAAUUCGCACUCUUAAUUCUGCAGUGUAAUCGUUAUUUUCUUUGAUUAUCGUUCCCAAUUAAAUAUAUUUUUUACUUUCUCAAUGUUCUGGCCGCCUACCGUUAAUAUUUCGUUUGUAUUGUUGUUUUUGCUAAAUUUCAUAAAUUUGGUUUUUUUGAUUUUAAGAGAGAGUCCGUAUUCUCCACUAUAUCUUAACAUUUUGUUAAUUAUUCUUUCUAAAUCUUCCAAGUUCUCAGCUAUUAUGACUAUUUCGUCGCCAUAUCUAAUGUUAUUAAUUAAACUACCAUUCAAUCUUAUGCCGACUCUCUCGUUUACCAACGUUUCUUAUAUUAUUUCUUCAGGUUAAUCAUUAAACAAUAACGGCGACAGUAUGCAAACUUGCUCGACCCCUCUCGUUAUCUCUAUUUCUUCUCACACUUCUUUUCCAAUUUUCACAUUCGAUCGUUUUCUGUAGUAUACAUUUGAUAUCAAUGUUACAUCCCUCACAUCCAGAUUCUUGUUUUUAAAUACUUCUAUAAGUCGGUCAUAUUUUACCUUAUCGUAUGCUUUGUUGUAGUCUAUAAAGCGUACAUAAAGAUCUCGGUUAACAUCCAAGCAUCUUUGGGUUAGCGCGUGAAAAGAAAAUGAUGCCUCCCUUGUGCCCACUCCAUCCGAAAUCCAAACGGAGAAUCACUAUCCACCUUUACAAGUUUCAACUUUUUUUUGGGGUCUGGAAUCUCGUGUUACCUCGAGUUUCUUAUCUAUAGCCAUUUCAUAUGAGGGGUAUGCACGGAACUUCUUCAUGGCGAUCCUUUAUCCCUGACAUCAGAUGUCCUCAUCCAGUUUUUCACACAGUUCUCUCCAGUGCCUUCUUUUUUCUGUACGAAUUUUGCUGUAGAGUUUCUUCUUCCGUACGCGGUACUCCUCAAUCUCCUCGAUGACAUCAGCAUCAACUCCUGCUCCUGUCCCUUGCUCUCGUUAACCUUCUUCUCAUGACUAUACAUUCAUUUCUUUGUGCCUCGAUAUCCGCAUUCCACCAGUAGGGCAUCCUGUUUACAUCUCGGCGAACCAUCCUGCUUCCCUCUAUCGCUUCUUUAAUUACUCUCACCAAUAAUAAAUGAUGGUUUUGCUUGUUUUCGAUUCAGAGGGUUGCACACCCGCUGGACAGGCUGUUUCUACCAUUUCAGGCGUCAUCAGCAGCGUUCGUUAGCGUGCACUCCUCUGAAUUGAAAAACAGCCGGACCAUCAAUUUAAAGGUACCUAAUCUGAAAGAUAAUUCAAAAUCCCCAUUAGGACGCGAUACAGCGACAUCUCUUAACAAAUUGAAGAGUCUCAGAUGCAGAAUCCACCAAAAAUGGUAAAUAGUUAUUUAAAUCUGAGACUAUUGGUGUUGAAAGUUCUUUCUGGUACAUCCUUAAUCUGCGACUUUUUCAAUUAAUAAGACCGCAGACGACGAAUAUAGAAAACAAAAAGGAAACGAUCACAUUCCGUUUUCAUUCGUCUAGGAAAAAAGGACAGAAGAGGAACUUUUUUUCCUAGACGAAUGAAAACGGAAUGUGAUCGUUUCCUUUUCGUUUUCUAUAUUCGUCGUCUGCGGUCUUAUUAAUUGAAAAAGUCGCAAAUUAAGGAUGUACCAGAAAGAACUUUCAACACGAAUAGUCUCAGAUUUAAAUAACUAUUUACCAUUUUUGGUGGAUUCUGCAUCUGAGACUCUUCAAUUUGUUAAGAGAUGUCGCUGUAUCGCGUCAUAAUGGGGAUUUUGAAUUAUCUUUCAGAUUCCUUUUAAAUUGAUGGUCUGGCUGUUUUUCGAUUCAGAGGAGUGCACGCUAACGAACGCUGCUGAUGACGCCUGCAAUGGUAGAAACAGCCUGUCCAGCGGGUGUGCAACCCUCUGAAUCGAAAACAAGCAAAACCAUCAUUUAUUAUUUUUCUAUCUUUACUCGGAUUUGAGUACUGCAAGUUCCUCUUCUGUCCUUUUUUCUUAGACGAAUGAAAACGGAAUGUGAUCGUUUCCUUUUCGUUUUCUAUAUUCGUCGUCUGCGGUCUUAUUAAUUGAAAAAGUCGCAGAUUAAAGAUGUACCAGAAAGAACUUUCAACACGAAUAGUCUCAGAUUUAAAUAACUAUUUACCAUUUUUGGUGGAUUCUGCAUCUGAGACUCUUCAAUUUGUACUCUCACCAAGUUUUUCGACCGUCGCCUGAUUUAUUACCCUGCAUCAUGCUCACUCUCCAUUUGAUUAGCUCCUCGUAUACUUUCCAGUCAUUCCGGUGUAGUCUGGCAAAACCUUCCAGCCUUUUUGCUUUCGCCGCUAUCACUUGUGUCGCCAUAGUCACGUGGAUGUACGUACCCGUACCCCUCCUAACGAACGUACUACCAGAUCCACAGUACCCAAAGUCGGUGAUAGGAGAUCCCCACUCCGCUACUUUUGCAUUAAAGUCUCCCAGCACUACGCAUUCUCCUCCUGUGUUCCCCACUUCCUGCAUGAUUUCGUCCAUCUUCCUCUCGUACUCACCCACUGGUCUGUUUGGAGAAACAUAACACUGUUAUGUUUGGAGAAACAUAGCAGCAGACCAGAUCCUCUCCAUCUGGACGAUCACGUAUCCUUCUUCCGGUUUAAUUUCAUACACUUGCAGCUUUCUAUUGUAAAUUCGUACAUGUACGAAUUUAAAAGUCUCAACCUAACAAGUAUGAAACACUUGUUUUUCGGGUUUUCGAUCCGAUGUUCAUUUCGUGAAAUAUUCGACCAUCCCGCAACUUUUGGGAAACCCUAUAUACAGUGAGCACGUAAAGGUUGGAAUAAAUUCAUUUUCUCGAGAAUGGACGAUUUUGGAAAAAAAUCCCGAAACAGGUCAAUUUUUAUUUUUAAAUUGCGACUUUUUGACAUAUGUGUCAUACUAGUGACGUCACCCAUCUGGGCGUGAUGACGUCAUCUAUAAUUUUUUUAAAUGAGAAUAGGGCUCGUGUGAUAGCUUAUUUGAAAGGUAAUUUAAUUCUCUAUUCAGUAAUAUAAACAUUACUAUAAUUAUUUAUACAGCGUGUCCAAAAAAAAUUAUUUAAAUUAAAUUUAUUGACAUAAAAAGAAGAAUGUGUGUAAUUUAUUUAACUCAAAAUACAUUUUACUGCUAUCAGAAAACAGGAAAUAAAGUUUAUUUAACAAAUAAAUAUCGUUUUAGCAUUUUAGCCGCCCACUCGCCUUCCUCUUUUUGAACAUUUAAUUUUUUUACAUUUGAACAUUUGAUUUAAGGGAAAAGCAAUGAUUAUUUUUCAAAUAAACAUUUUUUUUCUGUGUUCUAAGAACCUUAAAAUGUAUUUUGGACUAAAUAAAAAUUACAUGCAUUCUUCUUUUCAUGUCAAUAAAAUUAAUUUAAAAAAAUUUUUUAGACACCCUGUGUACAUAGUUAUGUAAAUGUUUAUAUUACUGAAUAGAGAAUUAAAUUACCUUUCAAAUGAACUAUCACACGACCCCUAUUCCUAUUUAAAAAAAUCAUCGAUGACGUCAUCACGCUCAGAUGGGUGACGUCACUAGUAUGACAUAUAUGCCAAAAAGUCGUAAUUUAAAAAUAAAAAUUGACCUGUUUCGGGAUUUUUUUCCAAAAUCGUCCAUUCUCGAGAAAAUGAAUUUAUUCCAACCUUUACGUGCUCACUGUAUAUAGCCAAUGUAAUGACUACAACAUAAUGUAUCUUGAUCUGAGUGAUCUUGAUCUAAUGUAUCUUGUUAUUUAUGGAUUCGGGUUGAUAAGGAAUAAAUAAUUUGUAACGGGUAGUCCUUGCAAGACGACAGACUCAGUAAAACACAAGUUAAAAAUAAAGUAAAUUUAUUUAAGGUAAUUAUAUACAGUUUAAAACAAAUAAAAUAAAAUAUAAUUCCGUCUUCUGCAAAGGAAAAACAAUAUUAAACUUUAUUACAGUUAUCCGAUCAUAAUAGCAACAUUAAAAUAAUACGAUAAACAGUAUAUUUAUAUACAUUAACAAUCUCGCUACGUUAAAUCAACAUAGCCCUAUAUUCCGAUCCGGAGAUCAUUCCUCGCUACUACCGCGUACUGCGAUAACGAUCAUGGCAAGACCCACGUCACUACUGUGGCGUCCGCCUAGGCAUAGUCCCACCUCACAAACGGUGCAUCUUUUGCCAAGCCAGCUAAUGCUAGCUCAACACGCUAGCAGCAGCUGUUGAGCCGAUGGUUAGUUCAAUACGCUAACCACCGACUGAUUUUCUCAUUCUCCUAGCUCGCCUUAAAUAUGCUCUCGAUGCCCUCUCCUUCGGUUUCCCCCAGUGGUGCUAUGUGCCAACGCUGACACUCCUCCGGUCGUCUCUGGUAAGGCAGCUCAUCGGUUGUCGAGGUAUCAUAUCGUUACAAAUUAAAAAAUGCUAGGCACAAUAAUCAAAAUUACCAGUUUUAGAGUAGGUAAACCUAGCGUUAUAGGGCUUUUCAUUCAGUCAUUUGUUUCGAGAUUCUGUCAUAUGUCAUAUAAUUCGAUACUAAUAUUAUACACAGAUUAUACAACCUAUGACAGAAGCUCGAAACAAAUGACAAUCGAUGAAAAGCCCUAUUCAGACUGUGGACUUUGCUAUUACUUAUUUUUGUGUUCUAAACUAUUGAUUCCCUUUGAAUUUGUGAAAUAUUUAAGACUAUGAAUUUAUAUACAUAUACCAUUAUUAUACCAUAUAUUAUACAUAUACCAUUUAUAGAAAAUACAAUAUUUCUGGAA